CGCAUCCUUGUCGAGUGCGCGCAUGUUGAAACGCGCUCGCGUGUAACGGAAUCUACAAAAAGAGGAAACCAACACCGAGUGACUUGCUGCGGCCGAUGAGAAGCAAGGACAAGAUGAUCGACAGACUGAGCAAGCUCCGCGCCGUCGCAUCCAAGCCUCCGGAGGUGGUGGAGUACAACCUGGAGGUCAACGAGGGCGACCCGGAGCAGAAUGAAUGUACUGUGCCGCUUUUCAGCGGCCAGGAAGCUAUGGAGGGCAUCCACAGGGAGGUUCAGGUCAUCAGGAAGGAGAUCCUGUUCCUCAACAUGGAUGUCAAGCGUCUGGGCAAGGAGAGCAGUCGGUUCCUCACCUCGGUGCGGCGCUUUAGCAGCAUCAAGAGAGAUGCCAACGCUCUGGGGCGUGCCAUCAAAACCCGCGGGGAGGCGCUCAUGGCCCGGCUGGCGACGCUGGGAGGGAUGAGCGAGGAACUGGCCCGGGUGCACGGCGACUCCUCGGUUGUGGCCCGCGUGGCCCGAUGCCAGCACGCAGCGCUGACUGGGAACUUCCACCAGGCCAUGACGGAGUACAACCGCGCAGAGAUGGAGCAGCGGGAGAACUGCACGGCCCGCAUCCAACGGCAGGCGGCCAUCGUGGGGAAGGAGGUGACCCGGUGUCAGAUCGAGGAGAUGAUGGAGACGGGCAAGUGGGACAUGUUUGUGGGGGACGGCCUGCUGAUGACGGCGGACGUGCGCGGCGCCCGUUCGGCGCUGAGCGAAAUCGAGAGCCGCCGGCGGCAGCUGAUGGAACUGGAGGGCCGCAUACGAGACGUGCGAGACCUCUUCUUCCAGGUGGCGCUGAUGGUCGAGGAGCAGGGAUGCAAGGCGGAGCAAAUCGAAGCGCACGUGUACGGCGCCCGGGACUACGUGGUUGCCGCCGGUAACCACGUGCGGCAGGCGGUCAAAUACAAGAAGGCGAACCCUUGCAAGAAGAUCUUCUGCUGUUGUUUCCCCUGCUGCCAUUGAGGUGAACUAUAAUCUUUGGAUUUUAAAGGAAUGGGCGGAUUUUAAAUAAUGGUUUCAAGCCAUCAAAGCAGAGCACUGCCGAGU